AUGGUUUUUUUCCCGGAAUGUUUCGAUUACGUUGGACGAAAUCGAGAAGAAAAUGAAGCAUUAGCAAUGGCUGAGGGCGGUGAAUACAUUGGCCGUUAUCGCAGUUGUGCAAAGCAGUACGGCCUCUGGCUCAGCUUGGGUGGCUUUCAUGAGAAGGACCCAGCUGGACAGCGGAAACCGUUUAACACUCAUCUGAUUAUUAACGACAGUGGAGAAACAUGUGGCAUUUACCGAAAACUCCAUCUUUUCGAUGUGGAUAUUCCUGGAAAAAUUGCAGCACCAGUAAACACGCCUGUCGGGAAUGUAGCAAUGUCUAUAUGUUACGACCUCCGAUUUGCCGAAUUAGCAUUGUGGCACCGUAUGAAAGGGGCUCAUAUUCUAACUUAUCCAGCAGCUUUUACGGUCAACACAGGUCUUGCACACUGGGAGGUUUCAUUUUUAUGCGUUUUGUGUAAAAACAGUUCCUUGGAAGCUAAAAUUCCAGAAUCAUGCUCCUGCCCGCGUCUCAAUUUUUUUAGAUGGGAACCUUUAACAGCUUCUCACUCCCUGCAACUCUCCGCCCCUCCCUGACC